AUGACUGUGUUGCAAGGCUGUGAGGUCACUGGCAGCCACCGGGGAGGCCGGGGCAGCAGUGCAGGUCUGCAGGAGGCUCCAGUGGAGUUGGAGGAGAGUAUGGCUUCUCCCAUCAGGACUGUUAAAAAACUUGUUAGCUUCAAUCUGGCGAACGCCCUGUACAAAAUGUUGUACCGCAGCAGCUUGUGCACAGCUUCACGACGCUGCCGUCGCCGCUCGGACCAGCGUCCUCUCCAGCCGCUGGCGCCGCGUCUGGACGCUACUACGAGAGAGCUCCACUCCCCCCCCCACACACACACACCGAGAGUGACCCUCAACCUCGCCCUCGUCGCCGAAGCGCCGGCCCUCAGCCGCCUCGACGUGCGCGUCAUGGAAGCCAGUCACACCACCCCUGAGUCCAUGGCGGCCUGGCUUCCCAUCGCCGCACGCCGCAUCUCGGGCGAUUUACUCCUCGUAUUGCAGACCAACAUACCAGACUACGAGGUCUGGGAAAGAGGCGCCCUUGAGCUGCCAUGCUUCGAGAACGCCACCUCGAUCACCCUCGAACUAGAGGGUCUUGGCCUCACGAUGCCGCCUUCCGGCAUAUUCGCCCGGCUCACCAAUCUCCAGCUAGGUUGCAUCCGGCUACGUGGUCCGAGCAUGCUCGGCGAGGCUGUCUCCUCGCCGCGCUGCCCGGCGUUACAGAAACUGACUCUCAGUGGUACCUCGGGUCUGGGCAACUUGACCAUCCACUCGGAAUCUCUCUUGGAAAUGACACUGACGCGCGUGCACGGCUUGCAGCAGCUCAAUGUCACAGCGCCGACACUCAAACAGUUAGAAGUGCUGUCCUGCUUUACUAAAGGUAGGAUGAUUUUGAUCCUACCGGUUGCAAACAUCUCCGCCCCUCAGCUGGAAUCCCUCAUGUGGUGGGAUGAUUCUGAUCCAAAGUUCACCCAGCUCGGCAAGAUGGAAAAUCUACAGUGCCUGAGCACCUUCCCUUUUACUAUAUAUGAAGAAACUGACCAUGUACGCGAGUUACAGAAUAGCUACUGUACAAGGCUUUUGCGGCGCUUUGAGCUCAUCCACAGUCUCAGAUUCCAACUUGUGAAUGAUCUGGAGGACAUUAUUACUAACCAACAGUACCUGAUGGAAGACAUUACCGGGCUCCCAGACAUUACAUUCAUGUUCCUGGAUAUAACGGGAAACGGGCAUUCCUUUGUACCCAGUUCAUUCCAUCUUCUCAGGAUGUGUACUGGUUUGAGAAAGUUGUCUCUUACAUUUUGUGGCACAACUAUACGCCCGGAGGUUUCAGAUUUAAAGAUUGUUAUGUCUGUUGAAAAUGAGAAAAACUAUUGGGCAUGA